GGGAAGGCGGCGGCCGCCAUUUUGUCCAGUGAGGAGAAGCAGAGCGGGAGCCUGUUUGGGAUCGAGUCGGCUAGAGCGUAGCGCGUGCUCCCUUCUCGCGCCCACCCCGGGAUUCGUGAUGCAUCGUGACUCUUGUCCACUGGACUGCAAGGUUUAUGUAGGUAACCUUGGAAACAAUGGCAACAAAACUGAAUUGGAACGAGCUUUUGGCUACUAUGGACCACUGCGCAGUGUGUGGGUUGCUAGAAAUCCUCCUGGCUUUGCUUUUGUUGAAUUUGAAGAUCCCCGAGAUGCAGCUGAUGCAGUGAGAGAACUAGAUGGAAGAACACUCUGCGGGUGCCGUGUCAGGGUGGAGCUGUCCAAUGGUGAAAAACGGAGUCGGAAUCGUGGUCCGCCUCCCUCAUGGGGUAGGCGUCCUCGAGAUGAUUAUCGCAGAAGAAGUCCUCCUCCUCGCCGCAGAUCACCACGAAGGAGAAGCUUUUCUCGUAGCCGCAGCAGGUCCCUCUCUAGAGACAGAAGAAGAGAGAGAUCACUUUCACGGGAGAGAAAUCACAAGCCUUCCCGUUCCUUUUCCAGGUCUCGUAGUCGUUCCAGGUCAAAUGAGAGAAAAUAGGACUUCAGGAGGAGCUGUGUACAGGAAGUCAUUAGAUCUGAGCACAGGCAGGAGGAGUAUGUACAGAACAUUGUGUUUUGUUGGAGACUUCAUAAAGCUUGGUGCAUUUUUAAAAUGUUUUAGCUGUUGAUCUUGCUUUUCUUGUAUCUUGUAACAGGUGACAAAUGUAAAGAUGUGAAUCUGUAUAUGGUUAUGAACAGAUCAUAUGAUUUGUAAUAAAACUUCUUGUUUUACAAUGUACCCGUAUGCUUAACUUUCAUUUGCCUUGAGUGGUCAACUUGUCUUGCAUAGACAAAUAUAUUUCUAGUUUCCCUAUUCUGUCCUGGAAUCUUUUCUGGGUAUCAGAUGUAGAUAACUUUUGAAAAGAAGGUUGCAGUGAAUAUUCAUUGUAAUAAACAUCUAUUACGACAUCAGGCUAUUAGCUUAUCCAGAACAAGAUGCUGAUUCCUAGUAGUUUUUGGAAAGAAGGCAGAAAUUGCAAACCAGUAGCAAGUAGAAAGUCUGAAUUGCAGAUAGUUUUGUACAGAACUUUUGGGGGAGUUCUGUUGAUUUCCUACAUUGGAACUCUGAAGAGCUACAUUAUGUAAAAUGUAUAUUUUUAUCCCUUGGGCCUAGAUAAUUUUUGUACUUAAUGUGAUUAGAGCAUUUUUUUUAAAUACUUGAUAGCCUAAAAUGCAAGCUGUUUGGUUAACCAUAUCUUACAGAAUUUCUGAGCAGACCAAAUUACACAACUGGAGUGGAUGGCUUGAGUGCAUAUGGGUACAUUGUAGAAGUGAAACAUUACUGUGCAAGAAUUUUCAUGUCACUUGUAAAAUGUUUUGUGAAAUCCUUGGGAUUAAAGUUUUUGGUUACAAA